GCAGUUUGCAGUGACAGCAUUGGAGCUAUUUACAUGUUUCAUUUUCACUUUUUAUCCAAACGGCUUUGGGGUUGCGAUUGCUCGGACUCGUCGGGAUGAAAUGUAUCCGCUGCAACGCGCAGAAAGUUAAAGCUUGUAGUGUGUUAAUGACGUGAAGUUUCCUUUUGCCGGUAGGUAAGCGUUGAAGCUAAACGCUAACAGCUAGCUAGACGUUGUCACCGGUACAGGCGUACCUCUUUGUCUGACAGGGGAAGGCGUGCUCUUUUGUUAGCUUUUUCCCCUUUGUCCGUUCGGGAUAGAGGAACUGACGGGUCAGGAUUUCAUAGGCACCCGUAUUUUGGGAGUACUUAGAAAAUGCAGGUCGCGAAAAAAUACUUUACAGAAGGCCUAAUUCAGUUGACCAUCUUGCUCAGUUUGGUUGGAGUUCGAGUAGACAUCGACAGCUACCUGACCGGCUACUAUCCGCCACUCACUGAGAUUAACUCGGGUCCGAGCUCAGCCUACAUUCAGACACCCUUUCACGUUUUGAGAGACACGCUUGACGGAUACGGAGUGCAUCCAAAAUGCCCCGAGCUGGACUACUUCUUCGCCAGCCGUCGUCUGCUGGAUGAGGUGCGGAACCUCGGCUCGCCGCGGUUCCACACGCAGCUGAACGCGUGGCUGGUGCACCAAGUUUCCUCCACGGGGCCUUCCGCCAGCGACAACCCUGACGCCGGCGUAGGGUUAGAAAGCACUGACGAUGAGCCCGCGGAUGCCGGUGACCACCUGCCUGUCAGAGACCAAGAAGUGCACCGCCAGCCCAACUCUGAGCUGGGACAGCGGCCUUGUGAUGCUGGAGCCUUCCUGAAUGAGGAUGAAGUUAAGAUUAAAGAAGAAGAGGAAGCAGUUCCACUUACUCACCUGGCUCACAGUUCAACACUAGAACAAGAGAGUUUGCUUGAAGGCAUCACUACACUGCCCGAGCCAGUGCUUCACCAUGCUCCUCCACCUGCUGAUAUUGACUGGAACAAUUUGCUUACUGUUGCAGAUCUUGAUGAUCUGGACUCCCUCGUCACCGAUCGUCUCUUGGAGCUCGACUCGGACAUCAGCAGCGCCAUCAGCCAGGACGUCAGUUUGCAUGACGCCAUGGUGACCAGCGCCAGGGCGUUUGGACCGACGGACUCCCAGCGGGAUAGAAACCUCCUGCUACUGGAGUCCACAAACUCCUCGCUCUCUGACUCUUUGCCGGGCAUGGCCGUGGGCCUCGCUGCACUGCCCUUUGCCUCGGUGUGCAACUUAACUGGCAAUCUGACGUCGCAGAGUGCGCUCGGUAGCUGCCUAGAUGAGGCUGUGUUUGAACAAAUCAAUCAGCUGGGUUUGGGCCUGGAGGCAAUAGACAAUCAGCUGGACUAUCUCGAGUGCUUAGACUCUCGAGCGUUCGAGGACUUGGACUCCGAUUCAGGACUCUCCUUGGAAAGCAGCUAUGGAUGUCCAGUCUCCCCUGGUUCAUCUGAGAUGUCAUCAUCGACCAGCUUGUACUAUGAAGAAGAGGGUGGAGCUACCGGCUACAGCAGCGAGGUGGACUCCAAACCCCCUAAAGGCAUGCUGGACCACCACACCGUGUGGCCACCUGUUGAUCUGAGUGAGAAUGUGUGGCACAACCACAGCUACUCAUCUCCCCAUCUCCUCAGCAUGCCGCCUCUAAGGCUGCCGUGUAAAACCGAGGAGCCAGAAGAGGACGGCGAGUCACGGCUGGAGGAACAAGAGUUGAGCCGCGACGAGCUGCGCGCCCGUGCCAUGUGCAUCCCCUUCUCUGUCCUGCAGAUCGUCAACAUGCCCGUGGAAGAGUUCAUGGAAGUGCUGGACAGCCACAGCUUCUCCACCGAUCAGGUGACGCUCCUGAGGGACAUCCGCAGGCGCGGGAAGAACAAGCUGGCGGCGCAAAACUGUCGCAAGCGUAAGCUGGACGCCAUCACAGGGCUUCAGGAGGAGGUGGAGCGGCUGCAGGCCCAGAGAGACAGACUGCUGAGGGAAAAGCGGCUCACGGCCAAGACCAUGGGCGCUGUGGCCCACCAGUUCAAGCAGCUGACCCGGGACGUUCUCUCACGGGUGAGGGACGCAUCGGGACGGCCCCUGAACCCUGACAGGUUCACCCUGCAGUGCGGCGCUAACGGGAGGGUCGUAGUUCAGCCCAUCAGACAGCCCGCUGUCGCCACAUCAGCUGGCAAAAAAACAGACAAGAGAAAGAAGGAGAAGAAGCCGUGAGAUUGUUCACUGACACUUGAGCUUUAGGGGGUGUUUUGGAUAUUGCUGAACUUUACUAAACCUGGCUUUGGGGUUUUAUGUUUGUAAAGAUUGCAUUGGGAGCCUAAAUUGUCACAAGAUGCAAAAACAAGAGACACUCAGAGCAUAAAUUAAAAAAAAAACAUAUCUCUACUUAUGGGGUAAAAAAAGUAGCUUACACACUGGACUUUUGUUUGCUUGUUAAAGAUGGGCAAAGCAGGGUUUAAGGGAACAGCUUAGCUGCUGGAAACGGCAUCAAUCUCUCUUUGUGCCUGUUAAGAUAUGAACUCGGACAUUUAUUGCUAAGUAUGGCAGAUUCUGGUUAGAGCUCUAAGACGAGAGUUGUUCUGUUUGUUUGCCUUGUACUUUGCCUAUUUAGUAGAAGUCGGAGGGUAAAGAUUGUAUUUAUAAAUGGCUUGAGGUUCUUGAACUUGAAGUUCUUAUAUGCGUCAUGAGACUUUUUAUAUAUAUAUAUAUAACUUAAAAUGUAACUGAUGAGAAAAUUAAAAUUCCACCAAAUGUUUACAGCCAACAUUUCAGAGAUCAGGGGGUAAGUAAGGUUAACCUUUUGAACUGAAAUGAAAAAAAUAAUAAAGUAAUUCUUUUCUACAAUCUUUUUGAUUACAUAAAGCAAACCAAUGAUUAAAGAGGCCUUAAUUUGCUUUUAAGAUAAUGUGAUUUUUUUAUUUUUUUUUUGGUGUAAACAUGUUUUAAGAGUUUUAAAGGUUACUAGAACAAAUAAAACAUCUACAGCAGUUGGAGAUGAGCGCACAUAGGUUUGACCUUUUCAAUUGCAACAAUUUAAGUACUGGCAUAAAUUUACUCAACCUCAUCCCUAAAAAUCCAUAUCAACGUUGCUACAAGGUAAAAGAAAGUCUGAAAUUGUCAACAUCAACUUUUGGUGAAAAAAACAUUGAGUUUUGCUUUGACACAUUUUACAUAUUACAGAAAUAGUUGCUUGGGAAUGCACUGAUUAACAUUCUGUGGAAGACUUAUUUCUUUAUUUGGACCUGCUGAUACUGAAUGCAGCUAAUACAGAUUUUUCUUUAAGAAUAGGAGAGACAUAUUCAACGUUUGUUUUUCUUCCCCUCCAAUGAAUGUUCAACUAUUAGCAGAGAAGGAGUCAAAGAAUAUCCUUAGAUUAGUGAUUUCCAAAAUACGAACAAUGCUUUAUGUUCCACAACACACUCGAAAGGGAUACAAUAGAUCAACUAUAUCCUAUUAAACCAUACUGUUUAAUUGUCUGAUUGUCUUCUGAAAGUCUGGCUCUUUCUACCACCUUGAGUGAGCUGCAAAUAUGUCUCAAAUUUGUAUUGAAUGCAGUUUAUUUUUAUAAAUACCUGCUUACUUCAUAGUCGUUCAUCUGCAGUUUUCACUUGUGCAGUAAAUAGUUAACUGAUUCGGUAACAGCAUCCACACCCGAAUGUGUUAUUGUCAGACAUCCAUCAUGGUUUUAUCUGUUAAUUAUUAAUGUUGAAAUUGUUCUUUUCAAAGGUUCUUCAGUUUAUAUACUCGCAUGAGUGUGGAGGAGAAACGUAUCAUGUUUUGAGUAGCCUUUAAUUUGGAAAAUUGUCUUCCAUCAAAACUUUGGCUUUGUUGUUUUGAAGUGCAUGAUCUGUUAAUAUUAGAUUUUACCUUUUUUCUGCUUUCUAUUCUUUGAUCAAACUGGUUUGGAGGAACCAAAAAGGAUGUUUUAUUUUUUUUUAUGAUCGGUGAGGUUGUGUCAAGUACUUAGAAGGUGCUUUUGCACUCCUUCUCUUUUCACUAUAUAGUUAUUUACCUUGGAUCAAACACACUGACCCACUUCGGUAAUGUGAACAUUUUUUAACUCCACUUACCUGUUAAGAAUCGUACCUGUUCUUUUCUACAAGUAAUAAAGCAAUCUAUGAAUAAGUACUGGGCACAACCCCACUUUAAUUUAUAACUUUGUCAAAGCCACGCGGCAAAAACAUGAAAUCUUGUCAAGUAUUUUUGGUCUAGUUUCUAGUGCAAAUGUCUGAAAUGAGUCAAAACUUUCUAACUAGUCACAUUUCAGCAGGAUACAGGAACUUAUUCUAACUCAGUAAUUCCUUAAUGUUGAUGAAAAGGUAGUUGUUCCAUUGGCAGAUUAUUUCACUUAUAAAAUGGGGAAAAUGACAUAAGUAAAAUAAUCUGCCAAUGGAACUAGAACUUUUUCAUUAAUAUUAAGGGAUAACCAAGUCAAAACAAGCUCUUAUACUUGCAAAUUAGUUUUGUCUUAUUUCAGCUAUGCUAAGAUAUUUGCACUAGAAACUAGACCAAAAUUGGCUAAGAUUUUGUGUUUUUGCAGUGCAACCAGACCAAUUUUCUCCUUGCUCAUUAUUAUUGGGUGUUGCUAUUGAAAUGAUCAGAAAACGAAGUGAAAUGUUACCAUUGCAUGAAAAGUCGCUCUAGAAGAAGCUAAAAAAAGAAAAAAAAUGGAUUGCAUAAUGUCAUUUGUUUUAAGUUGUGCUGUUUGUAUGCCUUUUUUUAAAAUAAUUUGUUCUUUUUCUGAAAAUCAUAUUUGUUUGACUUCAGAGUGUUUGUUGAAAAUAAGUUUGUGUGAUUAAAAAGAAGAAAAACU